AUGGGGAAGGUUGCGGUGGGAGUGGCGGUGAUUGGUGCGGCUGCCGUCUGUGCAGGGGCGGCCUUGAUUGUCAGGCAUCGGAUGCGAUGCUCCAGCCGGUGGGCCAGGGCUAUGGCGAUUGUCCGGGAACUGGAGGAGAAGUGUGCGACUCCCGAUGCCAAGCUCCGACAAAUCGCCGACGCCAUGACCGUCGAGAUGCACGCCGGCUUGGCCUCCGAGGGUGGCAGUAAGCUUAAGAUGCUCAUCAGCUACGUCGAUAAUCUCCCCACCGGAGAUGAGGAAGGUGUUUUUUACGCAUUGGAUCUUGGAGGCACGAAUUUUAGAGUUUUGCGAGUUGAAUUAGGGGGGAAAUCUGGUGGAAUACUCAGUCAAGAAUUCAUGGAGGCAUCUAUUCCUCCUGAGCUGAUGGUGGGAAGUGCUGAUGCACUCUUUGACUACAUUGCCUCAAAGCUUGCGAAAUUUAUUACCGAAGAGGAAGAGAAGUAUCACCCACCACCCGGUAGACAAAGGGAAUUAGGAUUUACUUUCUCUUUCCCUGUGAUGCAAACUUCAAUUAAUUCGGGAACACUUAUUCGCUGGACAAAGGGUUUCUCUAUUGAUGACAUGGUCGGCAAUGAUGUUGUGGCCGAAUUGACAAAGGCCAUGCACCGACAGGGUGUUGAUGUUAAUGUUACUGCCCUCGUUAACGAUACGAUUGGAACACUAGCCGGGGGGAAGUUCUCUAACAGUGAUGUAGCAAUUGCUGUGAUCAUGGGUACUGGAACCAAUGCAGCAUAUGUAGAACGUGCUCAGGCAAUUCCAAAGUGGCAUGGUCCAUUACCAAAGUCUGGAGAGAUGGUUAUAAACAUGGAGUGGGGAAAUUUCAGGUCCUCACAUCUUCCUUUAACAGAGUAUGACCACGCAUUGGAUACUGAGAGUUUAAAUCCUGGUGAACAGACAUUUGAGAAGCUAACUUCCGGCAUGUACUUGGGAGAGGUCUUGCGCAGAGUGCUGCUUAGAUUGGCUGAAGAGGCUGAUUUCUUUGGAGAUGAGGUUCCACCAAAAUUGAAGAUUCCAUUUGUAUUGAGGACACCUGAAAUGUCAGCCAUGCAUCAUGACACAUCCUCUGAUUUGAAAGUCGUGAGCAGCAAACUAAAGGACAUAUUAGAGGUGUCCAAUACCUCCCUGAAAACAAGAAGAAUCGUGGUUGAGCUAUGCAACAUAAUCGCUACUCGUGGUGCCAGACUUGCUGCUGCUGGGAUGUUGGGUGUCCUCAAGAAAAUGGGAAGGGACAUUCCCACAGGAGGAGUGCCCGAAAAGACUGUGAUAGCUAUGGAUGGUGGACUGUACGAGCAUUACACUGAAUACAGCAAGUGUUUGGAGAACAGUCUGAAGGAUUUGCUUGGAGAUACCGCGAACAGUAUAUCCUUUGAGCAUUCCAACGAUGGUUCGGGAAUCGGUGCUGCCCUUCUAGCGGCUUCUCACUCCCAGUACCUGGAAGAUAGAUCCUGA